AUGAUGAACAAGCUCAUCGUCGCUCUGGCCAUGGCCUCGGCCGCCACCGCGGCUCCUACUCUCGGCCGUCGUGACGACUGCCAGGACGCUUGGAAGGCCUGCAUUGCCGCCGGCACCGCCGAGGUCGCCUGCUCCUGCACCUUGACCGCCUGCCUCGGCGAGGACAACGCUCGCAACCGCGAGUACUGCGCCACCGCGACGGCAAACCUGCCCAAGCCUACCUCCGUCCCCGGCAUCCCCGGCGGCUGCAACCCGGCCCACCCGGGAUCCUGCCCCUCGUCUUACUUCACCUACCCGACCGCCUCGGCCUCCGCGGAGCCCGUCUUUACCUCCAUCCCCGGUAUCCCCGGCGGCUGCAACCCGGCCCAUCCCGGAUCUUGCCCUUCCUCCUACUUCACCUACCCUACCGCUUCCGCUUCCGCGGCGCCUGCGUUCACGCCCAUCCCUGGCAUCCCCGGUGGCUGCAACCCGGCUCACCCCGGCUCUUGCCCGUCCUCCUACUUUACCUACCCGACGGCCUCGGCCACGGCGGCGCCCUCCGCCCAGCUCACCCCCGGAACCGGCGGCAACGCCAUCACCUACCCCAGCCCCAAGCCCGUUGAGGGCAAGGAGUGGACGAUCAAGGACCUGACGCGCUACUGCGGCGAGAGCAACGAGGGCUGCGACUACAACUUCGCCAUCGAGGCCGACGGUAAGACGGAGCGCUGCACCGUCAUCCGCAUGCCCGGCUCCAACGCCGCCACCGAGAGCUGGUCCGAGCAGCCCUGCACCUCCGGCUCCGAGUUCAGGGUCUCAUGGGGCUACGUCGAGAACCCCGCCCCCGCCUUCGCCGUCGUCACCGUCGUCAAGGGCAAGGAGCUCGCCUGGUUCGGCGUCUCCGACGUCAACGGCAAGCCCGUCACCACCGCGCCCUCCAACCCCUUCGGCUCCGGCCAGUUUGGAAACCUCGGACCUGAGCAGGUCUACACCUACUAA